AGAUUCCCCCAACGGCGUGUUUGGCGUGACAUCAUCGUCCGUCUCGGCCAAUCGCGCGCUCCCUUGCACUGAUUUUAGCAUGACGUCAUCGUAGAGUCAAUACCGCUCUCGGCCAAUCACGUGCUCCCGAACGCUUGUUUACCAUGACGUCACCGUCCCUUUUCUUCCCUGGCACAAUAUUUCCCCCUUUUUCUACACCACCGACCCCCCCAUAAAUUCCAAAAACCCUCCCAUUAUCUCCCAGAUUUAAUCCCCCUUCGCGGUUCCCCCCCAGAGCGCCCGCAGCGCCGGGAAAACGGGGCCAAAGCUCUGCCGAAACCCGUCGCCAGUUCAGCCGAGGCAAGAUGGAGCAGGAGAGGUUCAGCGUCCGCAUUCGCUUCUUGUUUCUGGCCGUUUACACCUUGCUCAUCAUCAGGGCCUACUGCACCACGCACUGGGUCGUCACCGAGGAUGGCAAAAUACAGGCUCAGAUGGACUCAAUCUUCCAGCUGCGUCGUCCUUAUGAUUUCUUGGCCCUGGCCCAACAAGAACAGAGAGCCAUGCAGGUAGAAUCUCUAAAGAGAGAUCUGGUGUCUCAAAAGUCACAGAUUGAUCGCAAUGAAGAUAAGGACACGCAGUUAGAAGAGAGAAUAUAUAGAACAGAUUCAGACUGCGUGCUCGCUGGUCGACCCCUCACAGAAUUUGAUCUCUAUGCGAGUACUGUGGUCAACAUGGAGAGUGUAGGAAUCAGACUCGAGGAUCACCUUGGGUUAUCCCCUUCUACGCCAGACGCUCUCCUGGAGCCGGACUGCGUCAAGUCCUUUCAUAUGCCCUUCUCCAUGUUUGCCUAUGAACACCUUCAGGGCAUCCGGUAUCGUGACAACCUAACCACAACCACCGAGGAAGACCUAACGACGGUGGGUGGGGAGAGCGACGUGUCUGUGUGGGGCCACAGGGUCGCAGUGGCUCUAGUUACAAAUUCCUCAUCCUGGGUUCUGCACAACCUUGCUACGCAGUACUGGAGAGUGAAGGCUGAACCCCUCAAAGCCACAGAGUGUGUGCGUAGGGCUCUCCACCUAACACCCAGGAAUUACCGCUAUAUACCAAUGGUUCACUUAGGCAACAUUUUGCAUCGAGCAAGACGAUCAGACGAGGCUGUGUUAGUGCUCCACGCAGCCAUUGACCACUACAGACAUUCCCCAGUUGCGCACAUAACUUUAGGCAAUGUUUAUGCUACAUUAGCAUUUUAUAAUGUUUCUGUAUUGUGCUUUGAAAAUGCGUUAUAUAUGUCUCCUGGUGACCAGAGCUUACGUCGUAGAAAACAUGCUGUCCUGUGUCACUCAAAAUUAGAAGCUGCAUUGGAAAACCAACAUCAGUCACUACAGAGAACCUUAGGUGAGUUGAGAGAUUACCAGAAGCGGCAUGAGGAGUGGUUAUCUCUCCAGCAGAAGCUUCUUCUUGAGCAAGCUACUCCAGAAAUGAAACUGGAGUCGAGACUGGAAUACGAAGAGCAGAAAAUCAGAGAGAGCACAGAUGGAAGAGGUCAAGACUGUUUUCAGUAUCAACAGGAUGGCCACACCUUCUUGAGUUGCAACAUGCGAAGAGAUCAGCUGGAACAAAGAGGCUCUCCUUCUGAGCUCCUCUUAGAUCUGCAGAGUCUUCUACAUACUGUGGAAUCAGAGGCACUAAGACUAGGGCAGCAUGUGCUCAAGAGAAAGCCUCUGCUAAUGUCUCAGGUACCACAGAUCAUGCCACUUCAUCCAACUAAGACUUACAGGAAUGGUGGUACACCAGGGAUCUUGGAUGUGACACUUGGUGAAGGUUUCCCCACACCAGAGCAAUGCGAGCAGGCACCUCCUCUCCCUCAGUGGGAUGACUUUCCUUCCGUUUUCCUUCCUGCUGAAAACAAGGGAUUCUCAGUUGACAGAUUCCUUAGUGAUGACAUAGACGUCAGCUUUAAUGAGGAACACCCUUUACCAUGGCAUCCACCCAUAUGUGAGCGACUCAGUGAUGUUGUAGAAGGGAUUGAUGACAUUCCGGGUAUUAAAGAGCGACACACGCUGACCACAAGGAACCCUGAUCCCCAUGCUGUCCCUUACCUUAUGAAGUAUGGUUAUCAAGGAUCGGAGGCAGAAAUAGGGCAGCGAAUCAGCAGUGCUAUGAAGAAAGGUGUUGGCCCCCAGUGGCUUCUCUACAACUUAGCGGGUCUAUACUGGCGGGUGCAUGGAAACCUCUAUAAUGGGGUUGAGUGUCUGAGACGUGCUGUUGCAACAGCUCCUGAGGAGUGGCGAGAUGUGCCUCUGGUAAACACAGCAGCAUUGCUAUAUACAGCAGGACACAUUGAUGAUGCAUUAACUUUGACAUUACAAGCUGUUCAAGUUGAUGAUCAAGAGCCAGAGACAAACUUCCUGUUGGCUAACUUGUACUGUGGGAAAGGAAACCUAACAGGCGCAUGGCACCACUAUGAGCGCGUGUUGGCAGCCUCCCCUAAUCACCCUGCCGCUCUUCAAUAUCUGACCGCUCUCGCAUGCCACACCCGACCUCCGCACUCCGUCCGACCUUUGCCCACGUGCCAGAAUCAGGGAGGAGUUGAAGAAGGCGUUUGUACAACAGAUGGAGGUUGUCAGGCCGUCGUGGACAGUGGAUCUGGUGAUGACAAAAAUGAAUUGCUAGAGGAGAUCAACCUUGAUCUUGAAAUAGAGACAGAAGAGAAUGAAGACGAGGAUAAUUCUUCUUUAUCGAAGCCUUCAGUUCCGGCGGAAGACAAAAGCAAAGGAACAGGGGAUCCACAAGGGCCUGAGUCAAAGAUAUCCAACAAGCAGAUUCAUGUCCGUGUAGGCCUGGGCUCAGAUGAUGCAACAUUGACAACAGCUGAAGCAGAAUCCAACCCCCCCUCAGAUACUCCUGCGAUUGAGGACGACCCACUUCCCGACGUCCUCUUGCGGGUGCGGGAAAGGGUAGCCUCUCCCCCUCCUCCUCCGCAUGUUUGUGAUCGUGCCAAUAAACUGAGUGAUGUCAAGCAUUUUACCUCCACUUGGCUUUCUGUCUCGGCUAAGAAUAUUGAUAUAUCUGAUUACCUUGUGCCCAGUCCACAAGUCGGCACACCCCUGGAAGAGCCUGUGUGUCGAGGAGAUCUCCCUGCCUCCAUGCACACCCUGGACCACUUAGCGGGUAUCAGACAUCGCCACCUUCUGCCUCACUUCCCAGAAAUGGGUUUACGUGAAGCUCUGCAGACGCUCACUGAUCGCACACCUGUACCUGUGGAAUUAAUGGCAACCAGAAUUGCAAGAUCUCUACAAAAAAAUGAAACUUCAUGGGUAGUGGCAACAGCAGCGGCACUAUACUGGAGAGUCGUGGGCAGUGGAGAACGAGCAGUGGAUUGCUUGCGUCACACACUCCAUCAUGCGCCACGACACAUGAAAGACAUUCCAUUGAUAUCUUUAGCGAAUAUUCUUCAUAGGGCAGGACUCUAUAACAAUGCCCUUGUUGUAGCAAAUAUGGCAUUAGAGAUAUCACCAAAAUUUGUGGUCAUCCAUUUCACCAUGGCAAAUAUUUAUGCUGCUAAGGGUGAUCUUGAGAAAGCGACAGCAUUUUACCAGUCUACGCUAGCCCUCCAAUCAUCCUUCGAACCAGCCAGGGAUCGCCUAAGAGCAAUCCAGUGUGCUUCAGUAGGCGAGGAAUUGAUAACCAAAAAUUGAAAUAGACAUGUUUCAGUUAAAUACAAAGUGCAAAGGUAGGGAAAAUAUACCUACAAUUAAACAGAUUUAAACUUGCUCAUGAAGAACAAAAAAUGAAAUUCAUGAAGACGUGAUUUGAAUUUAUCAAAAAAUUUCCCAAUGCUUUUAUUUUUUCUUUGCUCUUCUCUUUUUAUGCAGAUUAACAAAGACACAGAAACAAAAUUUCUGUCUUUCUUGCAUAGCUUUGAUCCUUUGUUUUACUUUGGUUGUAAUAGAUUUUCGCAUCAUUCCAUAUAGAGAGGAUAGUGAAUGUUCAGGUAGGAGGGUUAUUGAGAACUUUUUAAAAGGAAGUAAAUAUUGGUUUUAUUAUCAUGCAGUAUAGGAAUUUCCAUUGGAUAAUGUGGGACAAUUACCACAUUUUGGUUAGAGAAACUCAUUCUAUGGUAAAUCUGAUACCAGCUUGUGUGGUUGCUGGUUGUGCAUGUGCUCUUUAAAAAUUGUUUUUAAGUUUCGUUUCUCCUUUACAGUUUUAUCCUAGUAUGUACAUGUAAUAUGUACCAAAAAUAUUUGUAUUGAUUUUAUGUUGUAGAUGUCAUUGGCCUUUUUCUUGCCGAGAACGUUCUUUAUGCAUCUCAAACACAAAAGUGAUGAAUAAUUCUUUAGGUGUUCCUUCUGAGACACAUCCAGUGAUGUAUUUACGGUGUAUAGAAGUUGCCUUCUUUUAACGACCUGGUUUCUGGUAUAAGCGUCUGUGAUGAAAAUCUGUGUAAAUAUAUGUAUCUGUAUGAUGCAGUGUAUGUUUUUUUUUUUUUUUUAUGGAAUUUUUGUUUGUUUGUUUGUUUGUCUAAAGAUGUAUGUAAUGAAAAUGGCAUAGCUUCAUGGCAUUGGUAAUUUUGAAAUACUAGGGUAUAUCAGUUAAGUUUCCUUGUUAUAUUUUUUUAUCAACUUUCUUUUUCUUGCAGAUAGAUAUUACUGAUUGUUAAUAAGAUUGGUAUGAAAUACCUACAAAUUGUAAUAUUUUCUUAUCAGAGAAUUGUUAUCGUAAUGGUUUGGUAACUUGUUGCAUAUUUUUUUAUGUGUAUGUAUAUAUAUAUAUAUUUAUGUACAAUCUUUUUGUUAGUUUGUUUCUUCAUCAAAAUAUGCAGCAGUUACUCAUAAGAAAUGACAAGGAAAUUAGGUUCCUAUCCGUGUAGGAAGAAUGGUACUUCAAAAGCUGGCACUACAGAUUUUCCUUAAGAAGAUGGUAAGGAAAGUCAGAUGCUUCCUAGUCAAAUUGUUAUUUUAUAUUUUGUAUUCCACAUCAUUAUAAUUUAUUUAUAUAGUAAUUUGGUGUUCCUCUUUUCUAGCUGAAUGUGCCAUAAGCAUAAUAAAUUAAAAAGUUUUUAUAUGGACUGUGAAAAUGAAGUAGAAGUGAAGGGUGUAGUUCACGUCUUAUUUUGCUCAGAGUUACAAUAUUUUGUAUAAUGUGCAUGCAGUGGGAAGCCGUGAAUGUGUUUUAUCUCAUUUUCUUUUCUUUUUAUUUUUUUACAUAAGGUUAAUAAUAUCCAUAAUUGCCAGAACAAUCUAGUCAGAGCUUUGCCAUAAUUUCCUUUGAAGUCACAACGUUAUAGUUGUAAAUUGAUGCAUUUCUACUUAAUAGAUUAAUUGGAAUCUGUCAGUGUUUGUUAGAUGUGUUGAUGACGCACACAAUAAUGGUCUUGUGAGGAAGAGUUGCCGAGGGUUGUUAGGCUUUUCUUGCGUCUUUGGGUCUUGCAACGUUGAGGACAUUGAACAACUCCAGCACCUUUUAAAUGUAACCUAUUUUCAUAUUUUUCAUAUUGUCAAAUUUAAGUUUGGACAGAAUCUGUCUAGUGUUAGAGAUUACUUAUACCUCAUUUAUUCAUUGAAGCCAAACAUUUGUGAGGCUUAUCAAUCUGCAAUGUAGAAGUGGAUUACCUAAAAGAUUUUUGGAUGAUUAAUUUGCUAAGAAAAAAAUCUGUGCCCAAAACUGUUACUCAUUUUUGAAAAUGGAAUUGAAAUGUGCAUUAAAAUAAUAUGGUUAUCCCACAUUAUUUUAGUUAACAGGAGAAAUCUAGAUUGUACUGCUUUUUCAUAUUCUAGGAAAGAUAUAUUGGAAAGAGGAAUAAGAAUCAUGUAAAUCAGUAUUUUGUUUAGUAUUAUAAUUAGUAGCUAGGAAUGUAUCUUGUCCUAAUUCUCCCGUUGGUUUCAGAAUAGACAAACGGAAAAUAGCUUCUGUUUAAAAUCUGCUUAUGAGAAGAACAACCUUGCUGUUAACAGGUUUAAAUGUUUUUUUUUCCCCAUUUCUUCAGCAGGUAGAGGAAAGUUCUGUAGAUUUGCUUUGUUCAUUUACUUCAGUUGUUUGGCUGUUAGCUUGACAAUCCAGUCAGAGAUUAAAAAGAUUCAGUAUUAUAGAUGUUAAGAAUGCGUCCCAUUAUGUAUUAUUUUUUAUUUUGAAAAGACAAUUGUUGCUGGAAAAGACUGAGCGAAGCGCCCUCUGGAACUCUUACUUUGCCUCAUAAAUUGUAAAAAAAAAUAAGAUAUAGAAGAGAUUACAGUAUCAUGACAUACAUUCCAUUUUUUUUGUUUGUUUGCCAUUGCAGGACAGGAGAGUCAUGUCCUUUGUCAUAAGUUAUAUAUUUUGUAUAUUUUAGCCUCUUAGAUUACAGUGACAAUUUGGCUGUGCAUUAAGUGGAAACUGAACAAACAUUUACGACAAUAGGCAGUACAACAGGUAUUCUGCCUAAUCCCCCUAAGAAAGUAAGAAAGUCUCUUGAAAUCAUAUGAAACAAAAAUUGAUGGACUUAAUUGAUUGUAUCCUGUUUCAUUGUCCUCCCAACAAUACUCAGAUGAUAAAAUAAAUGUGAAAGUUCA